AUGGGUGGAAGCAAAGAGUAUGCAGUAACGAUGAAGGCGAAGGAGAGAGUGGCUGCGGUGCUGCCGGCGCAGGAGCACCGGCUGCCUUUGUCCAACCUUGACCUGCUGUUGCCGCCAAUAGACGUGGGUGUGUUCUUCUGCUACGAAAAACCACUUGCCGAACAGAGCCCGGCGACUUUCGCCACCAUGGUGAGCGCUCUCAAGACAUCACUGGCUCGGGCCCUGGUGACCUACUACCCCUUCGCCGGCAAGGUGGUCACCAACUCGGUGGGCGAGCCUGAGCUGCUUUGCAACAACCGCGGCGUGGAUUUCAUCGAGGCUUAUGCCGAUGUAGAGCUCCAUGAGCUGCGCCUAUACAACCCGGAUGAAAGCGUGGAGAGGAAGCUGGUGCCCAAGAAGAAGGAAGGGGUAAUCUGCGUCCAGGCAACGGAGCUCAAAUGUGGGGGGCUGGUGCUGGCCUGCACUUUCGACCACCGCAUCGCCGACGCCUACUCGGCCAACAUGUUCCUGGUGGCCUGGGCCGAGACCGCCGCUUCCAAGGCCAUUUCCCUUCCCCCCUCCUUCCGCCGCUCUCUCCUCACCCCGCGCCGCCCGGGCUCCUACGAUCCCUCCUUGGACCGCCUCUACGUGCCGGUCUCCUCGCUGCCGGCCCUGCCCCCGCCGUCUCCCGACCAGGAGCCCGCCGUCAACCGCAUCUACUACAUCGUCGCCGACGACAUCGCCCGGAUCCAGGUCGCCGCCGGCGGCCAGCGGACCAAGAUCGAGGCCUUCACCGCCUACCUCUGGCGCGUCCUCUCCCGCACCACCCGCUUGGACGACAAGGUCUGCCGUAUGGGUGCAGUCGUCGACGGACGCUCCCGGCUGGCCCGCGGCGGCGAGAUGGCCGGGUACUUCGGCAACGUGCUGUCGAUCCCAUGCGGGAGCCUCCGGGUGGGGGAGCUGAAGGAUAUGGGCCUGGCGGAGGUGGCGGAGGUGGUGCACGGGUGGCUGCGGCCUGCACUGACGGAGGAGCACUUCCGGGGGCUGGUGGAUUGGGUGGAGGCCCGGCGGCCGGAGCCGGUGGGGGCGAGGAUCUGCCUCGGGUAUGAGGACGGCGGGGUGGGGUGCGUGGUGUCGUCGGGACGGGGUUUUCCGGUGGGGCAGGUGGAGUUCGGGUGGGGGAGGCCGGUGUUCGGGUCGUACCACUUCCCAUGGGGGAGCCCCGCGGGCUACGUGAUGCCGAUGCCCAGCGCUCGGGGGAACGGGGACUGGGUGGUCUACGUGCACCUGCUCGGGAGCUUUGUGGACGUGCUGGAGGCCGAGGAGCCGCCGUUUUUCCGACCUUUGACCGCCGACUACUUCCUGCCGGAUGCCAACUGAACCCCAAAUGCAUCCGCAUCCACAUUCCAUGGUUGCAUUUACGUGCGUGAAAUUUUAAAUCUCCGUUACUGUUGCUGUGUUAUAGUAGUUUUUAUUUCUUUUUAAGAGCAAUUUGUAUGUUAAUUAUUUACCAAGA